AUGGAGAAACGUGUUUGGAAUAGGGAAGAAGCUACCAUGUUGAUAGAAAAUUUUGAACUGUAUCCUGAAUUAUGGGAAGUACAUUGUAAAGAUUUUAAGAAUAGGGUGAUGAAGCAAGCCGCUCUAGAAAAAUUAACAGGACUAUUCGAGACAUCUGAAAAUAAAAUUCAACGCAAGUUACACAAUUUAAGAACGCAAAUGAAUCAAGAGUGGAGGAAAAUUCAGAAGAGGAAGAGUGGAAAAGGAACAAAUGAAACAUACAAGAGCACAUGGGAGUUUUUUGAUUCUUUGAAAUUUAUAAUAACUGCAAACGCUCAAAGUUCUACACAGGAUAAUCUGAUCAGCUCAGAUUUUGAACAACUCCAUUCUUUGGAAUGUGUUAACAUCUUGUUGACAUAG